AUGACGGGGUCGCGUCUAGACAAAGAGACGAUCCGACGAGAAGCAAACAAGCGAGGAGACCGUGAUGACCUUCUUCGUAGUUCGCUUGGUUGUAAUUCUUGCUCUUUGAGUGACUUGUUGGAGGACGAUGAGCGUUUGACCGGCUCAAUCAGGAGUCGGAGAGGUAGUGCUGACUCUAUCAAAACUACUGGAACAACUGGUCACGACGACGAGGAACAAAAAACCGAAAUAGACACUCUUCAAAAGACUGCUCUGCACCCUCUCGACACCAGUAGUCGGAGUGAGGAAAGUCGAUCACGACCUGUAGAUCUUGCUAUUGAAGAAAAUCAAGUUGCUGGAGGCGCUCCUGCUCAAGAGCAGGGCUCAUCCGCACUUGUCGAUGACGCUGCGCCAGAGCGAACUUCGGUUGUCGUGGCUCCAGCGCGACGUGGUCAGAGCGGUCGAGAAGUAGACAAGUCCCCGACGUUUGGUUCCUUAGAGGAUAAGCAGGCCACGCCGGACAAGCAGCGAACAAAUAAGGUCACGAGCAGUUGUGUGGUCACGAGCAGCGUCACCGAUCAUGGAGAAACGCCAUCCGAGGCUCCUGCCGACAUAUUGUCAUCACAUGACGACGACCAGCGUCGCACUUCACCGAGCACAACAGAUCGACGACGAGAGAACUUAUCAGAUGAGCAGAAAGAUCAAGAUCAACUGCCGCAAGAAGUUGAUGGUCUAGUGCAACUCGAGGCACAUCAGGGGGUUACAACCUGUAAAAGCAGCAAGCAAGAAGAUGAAGUCGUCGACGAUGUCGAUGAACAGAUUCCGUUGACAAGUAAAGACGAGGCGUCGGUAGUUUCGUUACAGGAACGUAGACCCUCUGUAGCUGCUGGCACUGCGAGAAGGAAGGCAUCUGCAGAACUGUCGCAGAAAGCAAACAACACGGCCGACAUCGGAGCUGCUGAGUACUCUCUCGAGGAUAAGAUUAUCGAUGUUGAGGAAAGAGAGAGGGUGGUCACGAGCAGCAGCACCCAUCCUGCGGACACUGAACCAACAAGCAGUGCAGUCGCAACCAAUCUUGAUGCCCGACCCCGCUCCCCACCUUCAGCCGGGAAGCGUCGCCGCGAAGUAGUAGAGAGUGAAGUGACGGGGGGAGGAAAAGAUCAAGAUGAUCAGCAACUCUUGGAGGACAAGGCUCUUGUGCACAGCACACCGAAUAAGGAGCACCAACCGCAGAAGAUGAAUGAUGCGACUCCGGAAGCAGGGAGCACCAGCAGCAAGAAAGAACUCCUGCUGGAGGCAGACAACGCCCUUGAAAGUGUUAUAGUGGAUCGGGAGAAAAGAAGCAAGGAGGAACAACAUAACAAAGAAGAAAGUCAGCAUUCACAACCACAAGAACUUCUACUAGAAGACGCGACAGAGGGAGUUGUCUUGACGCCUGAGCGUGAUCGUCAAAUUUUCCCCAGGACUAUGUCUGAAGAAGAAUUGCGACGCAGCGCCGAGUUGCAGCUAGAGGAUACGACUCAAAGGAGUCAAGACCGCAGGUCCCAACGUCAACGCAGCCCAGCGGCUACGACCUCCGCCAUUGAAAGCAACUCUCCUGCAGUCACAGUGGCUCCUGAGACUGAGGCAUUGAGUUCUCUCCCACAAGGUAGCGCACAGAAUCGAGUGCGGCGCACGGAAAAUGUUGAUAGACGUGUUUCGCAAUCCCUUGCGUCGAACGAGGUCCUUGAUGCUGUUGCUCCGCAAGUAGAAGUAGAGGAAGCACUCGUCGAUGCAGCAGCGGAAUUGCAGGAAGCCCGCCAGUUGACCGGAAGGACAGAAGUUGAACAGCCUGAAGCAGAGCCGAUCUCUUUGUUGCAGGAGGUCCUCACGGCGAGAGGGGAAACUAGUCAUCGGCGGCCUCAGCAGGUUCAGACGACUACAACAAGUAGAACAUCAAGUAUCUUCGCCGGCGUCGGGCAAGAGGAGUUGUCACAAGCACCAGCGCUAGGAGGCGAACGACGCGGAGCUGAUGUUGCCGAUCCACAGCAUCAAGUUCAACUCGUCCAACACCUAGGAGACCAAGUCCAAGACGGCGCUUACUUGCACUCACGUCCUGCAUCGAUGGCAGCAUCAGAGGCAUCCUCCUCGCGAGGACAGAGCUCGCAGCAAGCAGAGAGGGACUCGUCUCCGGCACCGUCUUCUGACAUUGAAUCCGGACCAGGAGAACUAGAAGACGCAGAAAUCUUGCAAUCACCUGGCGUGGCAAGUAGAACUACGGGAAUAUUACGGGGGGAACCUGGUAGACGAGGACCAAGUAGUGGCAAUGCUGGAGAAGUUGUUGUAGAAGAAAUAUCGCUUCACGUCGCCAUCCAUGGUGCAGGAGCAAGGAGUUCAUCUUCUAGGCGACCCCAUGAUGAACAAUGUGACGAGGAAGCGUCUGACGGACUCCGAACUUUAGAAUCACAACCUCAUGUUAAUGUUAUCAACCAACGGUCAUCUAGUACCUCUAGUAUCCGCCUGCCUCUUCCUCAACAUCAUGUAGGAGAUGAUGUGUAUCCCGCAGAGCAAGAGGGGGUUCAUGUAGUUGGAGAACUGCAACGUCUUCAACAUGACAACUUCGAUUCCCAUGUUCUCGACCGCAGUGAGAUUUCUUCAGUCACACAUGUGCUCUCGAACCCGCUACGGGACACUUCGCGGCUCCAACACAGCUGUCCUGAGGUGUUUCACAUCGGAUCCGAUCACUCGUCUCCUGAAGUCUCCGGUAAUGAAGAGCCCGAUGAGGUUGAUGACUUUUAUCGAAGCUCCGAAGGGACUGGAACUGGCUAUGUAUCCUCAGGACGAUCUAGAGGACUGAUUGCUACAAGUAGCAGUGGAGGUAGUGGUACUAACAUCCGUACAUCACCUGGACGAGCAGUAGUUGGCGGUGGAGCCGUACUUACAUCAUCUACUAGUAGAAGUAUGCUCAUUGAUUCCAUCCCUUCUUUGCAAGGCAGAAUUGGCGAACACUAUCAUCAAACCAGAGUGAGGGACAUCACAUCUACUCAUGCGGCUGUUCCACCACUGAUAUUAAACGCGGCGCAGCGGCCUGUUCAGCACAGCACGCCAGACGCAGAGCAACAGUCCAUGAUCAGUGUCGCGGAUUUCGUUGGCGCCUCUGACGGCUCGGGUGAUCGGGACGUCAGCAGUCUGCUGAAUACACUGCAGAAAGCAACUAUCGGGAACGAGCGGUCACAAAGUAAAACAGCAAGCCGGCGACAAUCCAGUGAAGAAGGUGAAGAGCUCGCAGACGUCGUGAAUAGAAAUUACGGAAGAAGUGGUUCUGGCAGAGGUGACGACCAAGGAGGCCACGACAGUGACGAAAGCGUCAUCUUCGAGAACAACAUGAAGUACAUGGCCACAACUGCGACUAAGUCCACUAUGGCCGGUUCAUCGAAGUAUUCAUCAAAACAAACUACUACUGGCGCAGACAGUGCCGAAGACAGCGCGGCUGCGACGUUGAAGCUGCCACUCAUUGUUCCCUUCGGAAGGACAUCUUCAAGUGGUAGCUCGUCAUCUUCGCCUUCAUCUCAGGCCCAGUUCGGUAAUGCAACUCAGCAACUUCCACUAGGCAGUGCUGGACAUGUAACUACUACAACAUCUACAAGUAACCUCGCAGUAGGCGGAUCUGUUCCUGGUGCCCAAGCGAGGAUCAGCACGGCUUCUACUUCAUUCAGCACUUCUCGUCAGAGUCAGACGCACCCGCCGUACGGAAGACGCAGCAGCGGACGACCCAUCCUGACACUGCCGGAAGAAGAGCUUUCCAGUUUUUUGGGUGGUGAGCCGCUCAGCGAAGACCACGUUGCACAAGUCGGCGUCAUAGACGAGGUCGAUGGCGUUGAUGAACACCAAGUGGUUCAAGCGGAAUCGUCGAAGUCGCGGGAAAUCGAGCUUGACAACGUACUAGGUGAGGAACGGCGAAGUAACGCAGUUGAGAAUAGUCGAGAUAGCACUUCAGUUUCCAAGAAUAAGACCUCCGAGUUCAUCGAAGUUGUGAGCGAGCGCAGAAACAGCAGAAACACUUUGGACGUACAGCUGCAAGCACUGUUGAAGCCGUACAGCAGAAUUGCAGAGGAACGGAGAUCCUCCAUCGCUUCUAGCACAGCACUUGCCCCCCGACCACCCGGCAUGGCACCGCCUCCAGCACCUAUAACUAGAGAAGCAUCGUCAAAGAACAACGAUGAUUCUCGUAUCUCUCUUGACAGCAGGAGAUCAAGAAGUAGAGACUCUUCAAGGAAUAUUUCGACGUUAACAGCAUCGAAAAGUAAGAGCAGCAGUACUUCUAAGACUGAAGAAGCUGCAAAGGGCAACAAGAGCACACCAAAAUCUAUUUUGAAGAACUGCCUGUCCCGGAACAAGAAAGAGGUGGACCCUGUACCAAUUAGUCCCGAGAAAAAGAAGCGCCGCAUUCAUCUUGCUCUGAUGAAGGAUGAGGGCGAAUACGACAACGAAGGCGGGCUUGUGGUAACUUUAUUGAUUGUAGUGUUUUCGAUUUCGUUUUGUUGCUUUUAAAUACUUUUGCUUGAUGACGAUGUUUCUUCAAAAGUCAGUGACAUCACAUUCUUCCGCACAGUACCUCCGUUGACAUUGUCAUUGAGUCUCAUUCGUCUCCUACCCCAUCAACCCAACAGAUCUACGACGAGCCAGUUUGCUUGCACUUCCCCGAAUCGGAUACUUCGUCUCCCGCCAGCGACAAAGCAACAAAGAAGAAAAAACGAUCCACCUCUUCGACUAAACGAUCAUCACGUCUUCACAUACUAGAGCGGAAUCCUUGUGUGGAAGAAAUUGACCUUGAAGCUGGUGGCAAAGGAGAAGACGGAAAACCUUUGUUCCUACGUGAUAUGCCUGGCGAGGGUGCUUCAUCAGGGAGGACUAGUGUCUGGCAAAAAUACGCAGAGCUCUUUUCCUCAUAUUGCGAUCGCCGGAAGGGACGAAGUAGUAAAGAGGAUAGCGAAAUAAAAGGUGCUGCCGAACAAGCAACAAAGUCUACUAUUAUCAAGGCUAAUUAUGCUGAAAGAACCCUCUACGGCGGUACACCAGCUUCCAGUCCUACAUACGGCUCCGUUGAGGUUGGCGAGGACAACCGUGGUGGUCGGCAAGCAACAAGUACUAGUCCAGCUUUCGUGCCGAUCCUCUUCGACCCACCAACAGGAAAAGAUCGCGGUUUAGAAGGUGAUUUAGAUGACAGCUUCGAGGAUUCAGAGGAGGAAAGGGCAGCAUUACUGCCAGUACAUCAACCACGAAGAUUGUCCCUUGGUCGAAAUAACCGAGGAAGAGGACAAAACCACGCUGGUUCUACUAGACGUGGGAGAAGCCAGCGUGGCAGUACUGCCGCUUCUAGAAGAGGUAGAAGAGGGCGCAUAUCUUCAUCCAGUUCUCAACAAUUAUCCCAAGAAAUCACGUUGUGGGAACAGUACUCGCCUACCAAGCUGUUCUCCCUCUCAUUCGGAGACAUUUGGAUCUUCGUGGGCAACGAGAGUCGGCGUGUCCUGCUCGCUUUGUUUGUCCUCAUCAUUCUGGCGGCCUUAUGCGAAUAUUGCGGUGUAGUAGAGCAUGGACUAGUAUUCGGAAAAAGCUUUGCGGAAGCAAGCCACCGCUGGUGGCAGCUGAACUCCUCAGACGGCGGCCAUCGAGGUGUCCAGCGACUGCCAGCAGAGAGAUUCUAUUAG